GCGCGGGGGUAAAAAUACACGGGCAAAUAACUUCAUUGUUUGAGGGCAUAAAUGUCUUUUCGCAUAUCGAACCUUUUCUUACAUUACACCUCUUCGCACCCAAUCAUUUCCACAAACUCGCUAGGGUUUUCGAUUUGGCGACUCUGAAGAUCGAACUGACUAUCUGUUGACUUGUUUGGCUAUUUCUUAUUCAAAUUAAGAAAUAUGGGUCAGAAGAAGAAGACUGCAUCGUUGUUUAUCAGGCUUGUUUCUGCUGCUGGGACCGGUUUCUUUUAUGUGAAGAGGAAGAACCCCAAGAGGAUCCAAACAAAACUCGAGUUCCGGAAAUAUGACCCACGCGUGAAUCGUCACGUUUUGUUUACCGAGGCAAAGAUGAAGUGAGUGAGAAGCUCGUCCACGAUAAGGUCCAUCUGUGCUCAUUCUCUAUCUUGGAUCAAUAUGAUGUUCCUGCCUUUCCUUGUGGAGAGUAUCCGAACUAAGUGCAUUAGAUGCAUAUAAAUUAUCUUUCAUGAUGUUUUGUCAUGGAGUUAUGAUUAUCAUCUCUUUCUUGGAAGUGCCAAACUCGAUCCCUGAACAACCAUUCGGCACUUUUUGGGAUACGCUUUCUAAUAGUUCACACAUUUUGUUGGUUUUUUUGACGAAUAACUAAUUAAUUUUGUUUCGUUCAGUUAUUGUUUUCCCAAUUUUGCAAUGCAUAAAAUAAAAAUUCCAAUGGUUUUGACUUGGAGAUCUAUUUGAAA